AUGGGCAAACAGAACAGCAAGUUAAAACCGGAAGUGUUGGAAGAUCUUCGCCACCAGACUCAGUUCACAGAGGAAGAACUACAGGAGUGUUCAAGAAAAUUUAUGGAAAUUUUCUUUCCCUAUGGUGACGCCUCGCGAUUUGCCGAGCACGUGUUUCGUACGUUUGAUACGAAUGGUGAUGGAUCUAUAGAUUUCAGGGAGUUUAUUUGUGCCCUCAGCGUCACCUCACGAGGUAAACUGGAGCAGAAGCUUCGCUGGGCGUUUAGCAUGUAUGACCUGGAUGGCAAUGGGUACAUAUCUCGACAGGAGAUGUUGGAGAUUGUCACGGCAAUCUACAAAAUGGUAGGAACUGUUAUGAAAAUGCCAGAGGAUGAGUCGACACCAGAGAAACGCACAGAUAAAAUCUUUCGACAGAUGGACAAGAACCUGGACGGCAGACUGUCCAUAGAUGAGUUCAUCGAAGGAGCCAAGAGUGACCCUUCCAUUGUGCGGCUACUACAAUGUGACCCACAGGCAGCCGCUCAGAGUUGA